AUGUCUUCCUCACACACCGUUCUGCUGACGACGCAUUACAUGGACGAGGCGGACCUGCUAGGACACCGUAUUGGUAUCUUGAGCAACGGUUCUCUGCAGUGCUCUGGCAGUAGUUUGUUUCUAAAGUCUAGGUUGGGUCUGGGGUAUCUGAUGACGAUGUCUGUCGUGCUGCAUGCGGAUCGCCACGCCAUUGGAGAACUUGUGCGCAUGCAUAUAAUGUCUGCCGUAUCUGUGGGUAGUGGGGCAGGUGAGGUGGCGUAUCGGUUGCCGAUGCAGGAGAAGGCGAAUUUUGCUGCGCUUUUCAGGGAUGUCGAGAGUCAGGGCGAUCUGCUCGGGGUGAGGAGCUAUGCACUGUCACUGACGACGCUUGAGGAGAUCUUCAUCAGGGUUGCGAUGGGUGUGAACAACAAUGCUUCCGCGGAGGCGGCCGAUGUGCCGGUGAAUGCGCCGCAGGUUGUGUGGAACGUUAAGUUGAUGGAAAGUGAGCUCGCGAUAUUGUGUGUACAGUUUCAUGCGAUGAUGGCGAAACGUCUAUCGCACGCGCUUCGCGACCGACGCACGCAGUUUUUCCAGCUUUUUUGUCCCGUUGCGUGUGUACUGCUGGCCAUGUUGCUGACGCUCUUAAAGUUCUAUGCCAGUCCACCGCUUCUCCUAAGCAGCGAGGUGUACGGCGUGCCGCUUCAGAUUGAUGUGGCGAACUGUGAGUCGAUCUUUAAUCUCUCGGUGCCAUUUUCCCCCAACGCCCAAACGGAAGUGCCGCCCGGCGUAGGCACUUCGGAUGCCCUUUCAGAGUAUCUUCUCUCCACAUACAACGCGCACAGGGUUGAGCGCUACGGCGCAGUUUCCUGCCUUGACUCUCUGCUUUUUGGGGCGAGCACGAUUUUCUACAAUUCCUCCGCCCUCCACGAGGUGGCGAUUGGCGUGGCAAACUUCUAUAAUGGCCUGCUUUUCAAGGCGAACAGCUCUGCAAAACCCAUGAUGACACGCGUACACACUCUGCCGAGGACGAAGCGUGAGGAGAAUGUUGGAUCGGCCGUCUACGCCCUUAUUAUUGCGGUAGUUGUCAUGGUUCCGUUCACAUUUAUCCCAUCGACAUUUGUAGCUUGGGUCGUGAAGGAGCGGCAGUGCAAGGCAAGGCACCUGCAGAAUGCAUCUGGACUGCGUUUCACGGUAUAUUGGCUCUCAAACUUCCUUUUUGACCUUUGCUCGUAUUUUAUCACAAUGUUUUUGGUCAUCAUUGUAUUUGUCAUAUUCCAGCGCAAGGAGUUUAUUGCCACGGAAAACAUUGGUGCGACCAUCUGUGCCUUUCUGAUGUACGGUUUUUCGGGCAUUGCCAUGGCGUAUGCGGUGAACUUUAUGUUUUCUGAUCACUCAAAGGCCCAAAUCGUCGUGAUGCUGGCGAACUUUGUUGUUGGUUUUUUGCUCGUUCUCGGGGUGUCGACGUUGGAAAUGGUUGAAAAGACCGAGGAACUUGCCAAGGCCCUGCGUUGGGUGUUCCGCAUAGUGCCAAGCUACUGCAUCGGUGAAUGCAUCAGCAAUUUGGGUUUACUGAGAAUGCGGCAGGCAUACGGUGAAGAAGCGGGCCCGUGGGAAAUGGAUGUCAUUGGGUGGCCUUGUGUGUACAUGGCGCUCGCUACUCCGCUCUUUUUCCUUACCGCACUCGGUAUUGAUCAUCCUAGCCGGCGUCAGCGCUUGCAGCGACUGUUUCACGACAGAUAUGCGUUACCUGAGGCGAUUGAGGGCGAGGAUGAUGAUGUAAAACAGGAGCGUGCAGAGUUGAUGAACUCGGCAGAGCGAUUGGAAGAUCUUGUGCGUGUUGUUCAUCUGCGAAAAGAGUAUCCCAACGGCAAAGUCGCGGUGCGGAAUCUCACUUUUGGUGUGAAGUCUGGCGAGGUGUUUGGCUUUCUUGGCACAAAUGGUGCGGGGAAGACGACAACCAUUUCGAUUCUAUGUCAAGAGUUUCUCCCCACGGGCGGCUCCGCCUCCGUCUGCGGGUAUGAUGUUGUGGAGGAGAGCGCCAAGGCCCUGCAGUGCAUCGGCUACUGCCCACAGUUUGACGCCUGCCUGGAUUUGCUGACGGUGGAGGAGCACCUGCGGCUGUACGCGCGUGUGCGUGGCAUCGCGUGGAGCCAACGCGGCGAAGUCGUCCUCGGGCUGCUGCGCCUGUGCGAGUUGAUGAAGUAUCGGAAUACACUUGCGCGCGAGCUGAGUGGUGGCAACCGGCGUAAACUGAGUGUGGCGACUGCGUUGGUGGGAGGGCCGCGCGUGGUGUUCUUCGACGAGCCCUCGGCAGGCAUGGACCCCGUCGCACGUCGUGGACUGUGGAACGCGAUAGAGACGGUUGCUGACAACUGCUCCGUUGUUCUGACGACGCACCAUCUAGAGGAGGUGGAGGCUCUUGCGCACCGCGUGGCCAUUAUGGUGGACGGAGCGCUGCGCUGUAUCGGUGACAAGACGCAUCUGAAGAACAAGUUUGGCAGUGGUUUUGAGGUAGCGUUGCGCCUUGGUCGCCGCGACGCGGCGACAGUUGCGGCGGUUGAGCUGUUUUUUGAAGAAUACUUCCAUGGAUCACUGUUGGUGGAGCAUCGCGCGGAUCGCAUGAUUUAUUCUCUGCCAAGAGACACGAGGCUCUCAGUGGCGUUUGAUCUGCUUGAGAAUCACUUUCGUUCGCUUGGGUUGACGGACUACCACGUGUCGCAGACGUCGAUCGAGCAGGUGUUCCUGCGCAUCAGCGAGGAGGCUGAGCGUGCGCGCGAGGAGGAGGCGCAGCGAGCGACGGAGGCGGAUAAGUGUGUCUGCUGUCCCUGGUGCUGA